CCCGCGUGCGCAUAGUUCAAGCAAUAUGGCAAGAACCAGAAAAACGAAAGACAAAGUCACAGGAGAGAAACAAAACACAUACAAAUUCUAACACUAAACGAAUGAAGGAAAGAAAGAAAAUUCCAUACACUCAAUACAGACAAUUGGCGAUGAAGAGCAAUAUACACACGCAACUACCAUGACAACAGCAAAACGCUAGGGAAAAAAACACGAGACAAACGAAACAACAAUACAAAUGCGAAACGAAUGAGUUGUACGAAACCAAAAAAAAAAAAUUGCUGGCCAUCUCGCUUGCACUCAUUGAUUGGGCUACUACGCUGAAUUUGUACUAUCAGUUUAUGUGACGUUUCUGACUGACGACAUGAUUAUCAUUAUUUUUCUUUCACCGAAAAAAAUAUAUACAUCGUGUGUAUCGCUGGUGCUGUUGAUUGUGUGAUGCCAGUACGAUCUACUAAUCCCAUACGCGCUAAAAGUUUAGUCCGGAGUAACUUGGAACAGUCGAGUGUGCUGAAACUACAGUCUAGGAUGCCGAACAUUAAAGUAUUCUCCGGUUCAUCACAUCCCGAUUUAGCCCAACGCAUUGUCGAUCGGCUUGGCAUUGAUUUGGGCAAGGUGGUUACGAAAAAAUUCAGCAAUUUAGAAACAUGCGUUGAAAUUGGUGAAUCAGUCCGUGGUGAAGAUGUAUACAUUGUACAGUCUGGUUCUGGCGAAAUAAAUGACAAUCUUAUGGAAUUAUUGAUUAUGAUAAAUGCAUGUAAAAUUGCAUCAGCGUCUCGUGUAACAGCUGUUAUUCCAUGCUUCCCGUAUGCCAGACAAGAUAAAAAGGAUAAGGCAGGCGAGGGUAAAGAAUCCACAACUUCCCUGAACAAUGUCCAACGAUUGAAGUACAACGAAUGGAAAUUUAGGAGUCGUGCACCGAUUUCAGCUAAAUUAGUUGCGAAUAUGCUGUCAGUUGCUGGUGCUGAUCACAUCAUAACAAUGGAUUUGCAUGCAUCACAAAUUCAAGGAUUUUUCGAUAUUCCGGUUGAUAAUUUGUAUGCUGAACCGGCCGUUUUGAAGUGGAUAAAAGAAAACAUUUCGGAAUGGCGUAAUUCAAUCAUUGUAUCACCAGAUGCUGGUGGUGCAAAGCGUGUCACAUCGAUCGCUGAUCGCUUGAAUGUUGAAUUCGCCUUGAUUCACAAAGAACGUAAGAAGGCAAACGAGGUUGCAUCAAUGGUAUUGGUCGGUGAUGUAAAAGAUCGUGUUGCAAUUUUGGUUGAUGAUAUGGCCGACACAUGCGGUACCAUUUGUCAUGCAGCUGAAAAACUAAUGGAAGCUGGUGCAACUCGUGUGUACGCCAUUUUAACACAUGGCAUUUUCUCCGGUCCGGCCAUUUCACGAAUAAAUAAUGCCUGUUUUGAAGCGGUUGUUGUUACAAAUACAAUUCCACAAGAUGGCCAUAUGCGUGACUGCCCCAAAAUUCAGUGCAUCGAUGUGUCAAUGAUGUUUGCUGAAGCCGUUCGACGAACACACAACGGAGAAAGUGUUUCGUAUCUAUUCUCCAAUGUUCCAUAUUAAACAGAAAAAACCGACUCAGCAAUGAUUUUUUUCGCUAUCUUUUUAAAAAAGAAUCUUUUUUUUUUUUCAAAUUGUUCAAAUAUUUUUCGGAUUCGUGAAUUGAUUGUAUAAUUAUAUGAAAUGCUAAGAAAGUUUAUACAAAAAUUAUGGAUAACAAACCAACAUUCAAUUUUUUUUAAUUUACGCAUUGUUUGAAAAAUGAAAAUAAAAACGGAAAAUUUACAAAAAAAAAAUGAUAAACUUAUAAAAACCAAUUAAAAUGGAAACCAAUAUUCCACAAUUGUAUUGUAUGAGCCAUUGGAUUUAAUAAAUCGCUGACUAUAAUAAUAACUCAACAAAAAAAUGAAGAAAAAAAGACAGUUUACAAUGCAAUUAUAAAAAUAGAAAUAAUACAAUUCCUGUGUAUUUCAUACUUACUUUUGAGCUCAUGCAACCUGUUGAUGAUAGAAAAUAAAAACUGAUUUAAAACAAUUCU